AUGCGAGUUCCGUAGCCAGCGAACAUUUGAUUCACAAUCACAUAUCACAACUCAAAUCAAAUACAACUAUGGCGGGCAGUAGAAGGGACGAGAUUGAGAUCCUGCUUGAAAAUUUACAUUCAUGUGGCCUUCGGAAAACUUGUGCAACACCUGCAGCAGUCAAAGAUAUCGUCGUAGAUAUCUCUGAUCAUCUUUCCAUAGAUUUAACCCCUGUCCAGUUCGAACUGUAUUUGAGUCAACUAUUCGGAGAGAAUGGUAUAAUAGCAUUUGGACGAAGUUAUAUCAAUGAAGUAAUUUUCUCUGGUGCAAGGGAAAGUACAUUAGAUGUUAUAGAAAUUCUUCUUAAAAAAGAUUCAACAAAGAUCUCCAAGUAUGCUGAUGACAUAUUGAAAUACAGUCUUUUUCUGUAUAAAGUCGACAAGGAUGCAAAAGUUCGGUCUAAAUCAUUGGAGGUUUUUCGUGCAGUAAUUCAGAAGUUUUCAUCAAGCCUUGAUAUUGAAGAAGUUGAUUUAGACUCACUAGUAGAAAGGCUGUGGGUUGAUAUUAAAAACAACAAACUGUCCACUGUGUUACAACAACAGCUGCAUACCCUGGGAAUGCUAUUGUACUGCUAUCCUGAGGUGCUUGCUCAUCGUGCUCGACUUGUUUUGAAGAUCCUCAAAGAUCAACUGAAGAAACAUAUGGGAAGUCCGCACAAUCUAGUAGCUCUCACUGGAGUUUUAAAAGGUUAUGAAUCCUAUCUGCACCAUUUUCCACUGGAUGUUGAAAACUCAGAAGAGAGAAAUGAAUUGCUGAAGAUGUAUGAGGAACUUUAUGGUUCUCUGAAGAAGAUCAUAAAUCCUAACUUGAAACUGGACAGAAGAGCUGCUCCAAGAGCGUGCCUGGAUAUUUUCCACGUCCAUGGUGGAAAAUUUGCUGUUCAUCUAUUUGAAGAUGUUCAUGUACUUUUCCCAUGGCUGAUUCAGUGGUCUAGUCACUAUAAUAGAGAUGAUCGGAAGUUUGGAGUACGUGCUAUGGACACAUUUACUUCUGUCAUUGCGGAUGAGUUAGUUUUACGAGCAGAAAAGGAUGAUAGCGAGGGAAAAAAAGUAUUUAAGUAUCUUAUACAUGAAUACAGCAAAUUACUAGAAACGGGCACGUCCACAUUACACAUUAGUCUAGCAGUGAAAGGUUAUGGGCGAUUAUCGGGGGCUUGUUGUCGUUAUCUGUCCCCUCUGGAAGUAAACACAAUGUUCAAUCAAGUUUUGGCUGCAAGCCAGUAUUCUUUUUAUCAAUCUAGUGAAAUGCUUGACAACAAGCUUGCAAAUCUACCAUCAUACAUUGAAUCUUUGGCGACAAUAAUUAAUAACAUGUUAAUGGUAAGUGAUUUUAUGCUGGAAAGUGUACUGAAAUUGACAUUAAGCAUGUUAGAAGACUUCCAACUAGUACCUGAACCUUUGAGACAUCUUGCGUUCCUAGCAGUUUUCAGUCUCUUCUAUACAGUUUACAAGAAAGCAGAGUUUCUCCUUGGUUUUCUUCAUUCAUUUGUUUAUAGAUUCAUCCUCAUCACAUGUUCACAUGAGCCAGACAUUGACACAACCAUAGAUCAAGGCAGUGGUAGAGGGGAAAAAUGGAGGGGCUUGAAAAAUGAAAUAGUGACUUACAAGACAUUUUUGCCUGUAUGGAAGGCAUUUUUGACACUAGAGAAAGUAGCAAAUAUCAAUGUUAAAGAUAUGCCAGCUCCUGUAAAAACUGAAAUAAGCUCUAUCUUGUAUUCUAACUUUAUAAUAUGUAUUUUGGAAAUAAGUGAGAAACUGAAUCUGGAAACUUUCAAAGGCACUGAAGAGAAACUGGAGGAUGAUGCAAGUCAGGGAGAAAAUGUUACUUCAGAUCCAGUGUCUGGUCUUAGAGCUAAGACUCCUAAAGAUUUUCAGGUUUAUAUGAAUUUGGUUGCUUUACUCGAUGAAGUACUGCCACUACAAAGUGAUAUUAACAUGGAGCAGCAUGUUCCUCGUCUUAUUCACUACUUUGUGCGGAAGUCUUUAUCACAGCCCUUGGUGUCAGCUCACUACUCUGCUAUUACUACCAUUCUAAAGUGUAGUAGAUAUUCAUUCCUUUUCAAUAAUAAAGAGGAUCCAAGAUCGGUAACUGUAAUCCACAUGAUAAAAAGUUACACUGUUGAGAUGCUACAGCGCUGCCGACAAUACCGGGAUCAGCUUCUUGUGUCAGUUCUUAUCCUUAUUCUUCAGCUGCCAGAUUGUGUGGUAAUGGAUAUAUUUCCCGAGCUUAUUCCUGCUUUACAGAUGGCGUUACGACUGGGUGUAAGUUACUUGCCCCUGGCUGAAAUCUGUGUCAAAGCUCUACAAAAUUGGUCCCAGUUGCUACCAAAAGAUAUCCUCCAGAAAUACUUUCCAUCUGUUAUGCCUUUGCUUCUUCCAUAUUUACGCUCUCAAGAGAGUGGAGGCCAAGCAGAGGUUUAUGCAAGGGUUAUGACAGUUAAGAUGGCUUUUGCAAGACAGCGACGGAAAGUAGAUCAGAAAAAGAUGCUUGAGAGUAAGCAGGUAGAUGAGACGUUAAUGAGGAAAGUUCAAAAGUUGAUUCUUCAUCUUGUUGGAAAUCUAGAUCCAUCCCUGAGUCUUAGCAUUAUUCCACAAGAUCCUGACUCAUUAGCUGAAGCUGCUGUCACUUGGGAUACCAUCAAGCAUGUUAAAUUUGCUACACCUUUUGAACAAACAAAGAUAGACAUACAUCUGGAUGGCCUUCUUCCAUAUGUGGUAGAUAUUGCAGUAAACUCAAGUGAUCGGCAGACAAAGGUUGCAGCUUCGGAAUUGUUACAUGCUGUUGUUAUAUUCAUGAUAGGAACUGGUACUCAGAAAAGCCCAGAAACUCAAGAAAAGUAUCCUAUGGCUCCCCUUUAUAGACAUGUGUUCCGUGCCAUGUUGCAGUUAUCCUGCGAUCCUGAUCAGGUCACCCGCCAGCUGUUUAUAACUUUAAUCUAUCAGACUAUACAUUGGUUCACUAACAAUAGGAACUUUGAAAAUCCAGAUACAGUUGUUCUCCUGGAAACUAUUAUGGAUGGAAUAGUAACUCCAAAUGACCCUGCUUUGCGAGAUGUAAGCGCCCAGUGCCUGUCAGAGUUUGCCAAGUGGUCAAGAAAGCAAUGUCACAGGAAGGAUCAGGUUUCGGCUAAUGUUAAAUCCAUAAUUAAAAGGUUACUUUCCUUCUGUAAGCACCCAAGUGCUUUCAAACGGUUGGGUGGGUCUUUGGCAUGGAAUAGCAUUUAUCGUGAGUUCAGAGAAGAUGCAGUUGCUGUUGACACUUGGACAUUAGAGAUUCUUGUAGGUUUGCUUGUUUCUCUGGAGUGGGCCCACAGAGAUGACCCUGCUCUUGGUACACAAGAGCAAGCUCAGACAGCUGUACAACAUGUAGAGAGAAUCUUGAGGGAGAAGAAGGAAGUGUUUUGGAAGAAAUCAGCUCACCGUAGAAUACCAAGAGAUUUUGUUGAAGGAACAUUAGACGAUUUGUUGCAGUGGCUUAUAAAGCAAAUUGGCAAACCAAAGAUGCUGUACCGACACAAGUGUUUGGAGCUUUUGGUCUCUUUAGCUCCUAUAACACGAGGAGAACCAACUAUUCAGAAAUUCAUUGAACAAUUAAUAAAGAGAGAUGGCUUUGAUAAGUUGUUGGACAUAGUUGAGGGAGGAGGUGAGGCAUUAGUUGGUAUCAGACACUAUCCAAAGCCAAUUCAUAAUGAACAGCUGGCAGUUAAGAAUGUUGUUGUUUAUUUGGAGGCACUGUUAGCAGCCUUAGAUGGCCAUUGUUGGCUCCUUGGUCAAAAUAGUUUUUCAGUGAAAGGUCUUUGCAGCUUUGAAGGAAUCAAGAUAUUUGACUCUGUCCAGUAUUUUAUUGAGAAUAUGUCUUGUGUAACUUUAGACGAAUAUUUGGAAAAUAUUUAUGAUAAAGAAAAGUGUCUUUCAACCCCAGUGGAAAUGGAGGUGGCAGUGAAAUUGAAAUGCACAGCUGUGAUAAGAACUUUGGAUUUUGUAAAACUUGUGCUACAGGAUACUACAGCCAUUGAGUCUGGAGUUCUAGAUAAAAUGCUUUCAUCACAGUAUUUCACCAUGAUAUUGCUUUGUUUAUUGAACCCAAAGAAAAUUGGAUUUGACCUGAAAGACUUGGAGGUGGAGAAGAAGCUUCCAGAGCAUAUGGAAGAUGUUUUGAAUAUUCUUAAUAGGAAAGUCUCUCAACCUAAGGAUGCUGUUUUUGUGGACCUCUUAGAAAACCAGUUGAUUAAUCUUAAGAAUGACUUGAGCAAGACUUUCCCUUCUUCCCAGGCUUCAUUUUCUCCCAUAAGCAAACAGUUUUUGGAUGGACUAAGGAUUCUGCACAAUACUGGCUUGUUAGCCAAAUGUUCAGUGGUCCCUGAGGAUGUGGCUAAAAAUAUUUUAGUGUGGAUAGCCAAUUUUUUGUUCUCAGAAAGGACUGCAAAACCUGUACCAUACAUGGAUUCCAGUCAUCAUCAGUUAUUAGAAUCUCUUGUAGAUUUGUCUUUUACUACAUAUCCUGAGGUGCACAAAGAUUUCCUCAGUUUGGCAACCAGCAACGAAAUGAUCAUUGGACCUGGUGGCAAAGAAGUCAGAAAAGGAACCCAUGUAAUGAAUGUGGUUGGGACUUUUUUGAUACCACAUUUUGCUGCACAUUUUGAUGUUACGAUGACAAAAUGUAUGGAACUCUUACAAACAGAAAGUUUUGAAAGUGGCAUGAGCUUUGCUUCGAUGAUACUUGAUUUUCUUAUCAGGAAUUCUGUUGUAAGGAAAAUGCAUGGUGUUUGUGUUCUCAAGUCAUUUUUAAAUAACUGGCCAACAUUUAUAUUGAAAGCAGGAGAGCAAGCUGUGAAUCAGGAGUCUCUUUUGAAUGUGCUUGCUUCAUUGUUUUUGAUCGACAGAGAAGGAACUAUCAAAGCAAAUACUUCAGAUCCAAGAUCAGAGAUUGUUAUAUUUUUUAGAGGAAUUUUGAACCAGAGAUUUGAGCUGAAAUUGAAAGUAAAGGCCCUAAAACUCUUGCCUUUCUUCCUAACUCUAUCAGAAACCAUUACUAGUAGCGUGUGUGAAUCUUUGAAUGUGAUGAGUGUGAAUCAUUUCCCUUUGCGAUCAGCAGAAUUCACUCCAGGCAGCAGCAAGGAUCGUGAAUAUCAUCAGGCUUUAAAUGAAAUUCUGACAGCUUUAGAACUCUCGAAGUGUUUCUUAUUGCUUGACUUUGUUGCAGAGUUGUUUUGUCGAGAAGAAAAUCAUCGUUAUGAGGAGGAUCUGCAGCCAGCACUGGAGAAAUUCAUAAGGGGACAGUCAUCAUCCAAGCAAAUUGAAACGCUUCAUCAUGUGUAUGAAAUGUUUUCUGACUUGAGACGCACUCCAAAUUUCAGGCAGAACAUUGUUGAUCAGAUAUUGGUACCAUUAUUACAGCAGUCUGGAAUUGUAGCUCUUGAAAGAUUCCUUGUAAAUUCCAUUAAGGAUGUUAUGAAUUCUGUAUCUUUACCUGUAACGGGUAGAAAUGAGGAGCAGCAGAAAAUACUGAUUAGUAAGAAUGGGAGUUACUCCAUUUUACAGGUCAUGUAUUCAAGGUUGCCUCGUGAAAAGUUGUUUGCUCCAGGCUCUGAGGUUAGUGCAGCGUUUUGCCCAGCAGAUAAAACAGGUAAAGAAAUGACCAAGGAAGUCUUUCGGUGUGCUUCCAAGAUAUCAAAAGGAGAAUUACGGCAUGAUCAGACAAAUGCUGAGUGGAGGCGACUGUGUGCCUGUGCAUCUUAUAAUGCUAUCAUUGCAGUUCUUGUGUGUGUACAAAAUGAUUUGCGUUUUUACACACAGUUCUUAUUCCAAGCCAAUGCAGCCAAAGGAGAGGCUAUAUGGGAAAGUCUAAUUGAUUGCAAUGUGAAGCAUGAAUUUGAUGUGGAAGUAAAUUUCAAGCCUGGAAGUAAGAAGAGAUUUGUUGCUUUGCGACAAAGCUUGAAAGUGUCUGCUGGGGCAGGUGGAACUGGAAUGGGAGCAGGAACCUUCCAAUUCAAUCUAUCACAUUAUCUUGCUGACAGCAGCUUAAGGGAAGAUCUCAGUCAGUUUGACUUCAAUAACUCUGUGGUUUUAGCCAUGUCACAGACAGAAGACGCAAGAGAAAGGAUGCAAAUUUUUGGAGACUUUGAUGGUGAACUAAUGACCCUCAAUCUAGAUCAAAGUGAUUACAAUGAACAUGAAACCAUGGCUAAUCUUGUUGCUGUCAUCAACCACAUUGUUGAAGCCAAAAUCAUGACUUUACCAAAGGAGGGAGUUAGAUCUUCUGAAGCAGAUGUUCCCCAGUGGAUGAUGAGCAUUAAGCAGAAACUAGAAAAUUCUGAAACUCAUCGCAAUGUGAAACUCUUUCUCCUGCGUUUAAUGAUGAAUACGUCUCAUGUGUUUGCUCACUAUGCAGCUCAUUUUGUUAUUCCCAUUUUGUCUUGCAUUGCUGAAGGAACUGUUGGAGACAGAAUAAAUUAUUUUUUGUCAGAUCUGCUUGUAAUGCUUUUGAAUUGGGGAGAAGAAGGAAUACCCGAAGAUAGUAUUCUUGGAAAGAAUAUUGCUAAUCGUGUUUUCUUACGCCUCUGCAAAUUCCUGCCACAUAAUCGGGCAGACAUCUUUAAAUACAAUAUAGAUGUUAUCAGAACAGUUGUAGAGAAAUGGAAAAACAUCCUGACAGUUCCUUAUACUAUCAUGUACUCUCUGAUGGAAGAAGCAAAUGGGCAGAAUAGAGAGGUGGAUGCUGGCUUACAUUUGCUGGGUAUUGUACUUGAACAAGGAAUAGCGCCACACUCUGCAGAAAGUGAUUCAGACAAAAUCAGGUGCAGAAGUUCACUGGUGAAGUUGAUGUGUGGUAAAGGAGCUGCCAUCUAUGGAGCUGCAUCAGAAGUAUUAGGACUGUACUUGAAAUUUAUGAAAAAACAAAAUGAAGAAACUGCUGACCUAGAAGGAAGUAUAGUGAAGAAAAUAAAUGAAGCAAUGCAUGAGAAAUCCAGUCAAGCUCUGACCUGUAUUUAUAACAUUCAGAAACACUAUCCAUCCAUUGUUAAUUGCUUCAUCAAUAAAUUGCUGAAUUUACUGCCAAAGCUAUAUGGUAUUCAUCGCACGCAAGUUUUGAAGUGUAUUGUAUCAUACUCCACUUCACUAGAAGAUGUGUUCACCCACCUGAAGGAGCAAAAUUUGACUGAAACCCUGAUUAGAAAGGAGUCAGAAACACAGCUUGUGGCACUCCAGUUGAUAAAUUCUGUUAUGGUUCGCCUUACUCCUUCCCAGUUGUUGUAUUUUAUGCCAGGAGUUGUGGCAUUUGCAAAUCAUCCUGCUCCAAAGUGCAGAGAGGAAAUGUAUGAUGUGUUGAAGUGGAUAUAUAACCAUUACAGUGACAGCACUGAGGAGGACUGUCGACAGCUUGAAUCAGAAGCUAAGGCAGUACUUUUAGAAGCUGUCAUGGAAAAGGAUGCUAUACUGAGAGAAGACAUUAUGCAAUUUUGGCUUGAAGGUUCAGAGAAUAAACCUCUUCAUCAGCGAUUGCUUCACAUUCUGCAAAAAGUGUAUAGCCCUGAGAGAGAAGGACACUUUUUGCCUUUGGCUACAUACAUGCUGCUGAGUGCUACAAGGAAAUCUGCUGAUUAUGAACGGAAGAUCUUUGACCAGCCAUUAACAGAAUGCAAGUUUAGGGAAAUGCGAGUGACCACUGCUUGGCGAGCUCGUCAUGCUUCCAUGGUCCCGAUGUUUGCUGAGACACAAGGAAUUGAAGAUACUUCCCUUACAUCCUUAGUGUCCCUUACUCAAGGAAUAGAUAAUGUUGAUGGAGCUCAUGAAGGAAAGGUUCAAGCCACUCAGCAGAGAGCAUUUACUGAAACCCAACAACCAGGAGCAAGUUUGGUUUCUGGAUCAACUUUUGAUACAACAAUGGCAGACAUUGAAUAUCAAGUGUCUCACACUCCUGGCCAAGGAUCAGCUAAAGGGCUUCUAUUUACUGUUGGAUCCUCUGGGAAGAGGGAUAUGAGUCAUUACAAAACGCCUGGUCUUGGAAGAUCACGCUUACAACCACCAGCUGAUAAUGAAGUUCCUGACCCAGCAAGUAUUACUCAGUCGAAGCUGAUUCGCCGUCGUUUUGUCAGAGAUCAAGACAGAGAAAAGCAGUCAAACUAUUUUGCAAAGUUAGAAAGUCAGCGCAGGAAGACAAGAGAAGCUAUUCACAAGGAGAGAAAGUUAAGAAGAGAAGCCCAAGUAACGAUGUACAGAGAGUACAGGGUGGGUGAGCUUCCUGACAUACAGAUCCAAUACAAAGCAAUAAUUGCACCACUUCAAGCUCUUGCCCAGCAUGAUAACAGAGUUUCUGGUGUGUUAUUAGAGCUGCUCUUACAAGGAAUUAUAGAUACCAGAGACUAUGUUAUGGACUCUAGAACAGCUGAAGAUUGGUUCCAAGAUAUUCAUUCUGCAUUGAAUGCUGUUUUGGCAAGUAGUCUUGCAUACUCCCCACAGUUACUAAGGACUGUUCUUCACCUCAUGAUCAAGAAUGAUGUGACAGUUAAUCCAGACACCCUGUGUGCAGCUUGCUUGGACAGUCAUUUAGAAGCACUAGGCAUUCUUGUUCUUGAGCGUCAAGUCCACAUAAGAAUGAGAGAGGACCAGAAGCCUCCAGCUAGGAAAAGGAAGAAAACUGAAGCCUCUCAGAGGUCUUUGGAUGAUAAUUUGUGGCUGAAUAUGGCAGAGUUAUAUAAGAAUUUGGAUAUGUGGGAUAUUGUUUGUGGAAUUAUCCAGAAGAAUUUGGGAAAUAUACAAACAGAAACAAGAUUAGCUUUAGAGGCUGAAGCCACCAACAAUCCCACUCAAGCAUUUCGUCAGUACCGUAUGGCUCUUGAGAAAGAAUGGGAAGAAGAACCAGGUGAAGCAGAGGUAAGAAUAUGGAAGGAUUGGUAUGCAAAUUGUGCAGGAACUCUAGGACAGUGGAGCGAACUGGAGAGUUUUAUUGAAAGAAGUUUCCUGAAAGAUGAUAGUGGGAACGUCAACUUGGAACGUGUGUGGCUCCUACCCCGGCCAGGAUCUGUUGUUCUUCCCUCACUGAUUAAUUCAAAGUUGAUGAGAAUUCUUGAUGGGUCAGAUAAUGAUGGAAAUCUUGUAGAUUUUAUCAAUAAUGCAUUAGAAAAUCCUAGUCACAGAGCAUUAAUUGAAGGUUCAUUCCUUUUACAAUUAAGUGUCCUUGCAAUACACCAAGAUAAGGGUGCACAUGCCCAAUCUUACCUAACUACUGCAAUGGAAGCUAUGCUACAAGCUCUUUCCCAGUAUUCCAUCAUAACUCCGAAACCACUGAAGAAUACGAUAAGGCAUGCUCAACUCCUUUCAGAAUUGGAAGAUUUUCUCAAGUGCUCUAAAUAUGGAAUGUUUGGUUCUAAUCAUUCACGAAUCAGACGAGUAAUACUAUCUUGGAAAAACCAAGAAGCUGAUCCCAGUGAUAAUUCCUUCCUUAUACAAUAUAUGUCAUCAUACAGAGAUUUGUAUUUACAUUGUCUGGGAAAUCAGUCAUCAGAAAAUUUUGAUCAAAUAAUCAGGGACGUUAAAAUGACAACUUAUCAGUCUGUUGUAAGAGCUGCUUUACAAAAUGGUAAUUACCACCUUGCUGAUCGACAUCUAAGAAAACUUAAAUCUGUUUCUUUGGAUAAUAGUUCGUUGGCCCAGUUUUACUUCUUAAUGACUGAAAAUUCAUUGCUGAGGGCCAGGUGUAACCCUGAAAAAUGUCUUGACUACCUUUUUGAUGCAUGGUCAAAAUAUCUUGGGAAGGUCAGUGCCUCACCAAUACUUGAGGAAGUUCCAGAGCUUGAAGUAACUUACCUUACCCUAGAAAGUUCACUCUCACUCCAUAUCUCAGAAGUCAUUAGGGAAAUGGGGGCUCAGUGGCACCAUCAACAAAAAUACAUUGAAGUAUUGGCCAGUAGAUUUCCUGGCGCACAGGCUAGAGAUAAUCUACAUGAUGUGCUUUUGCAAUCAGGUUUUAAUUGCCUUGUCCAAGCUGCUUCUAUUUGUGAAGAUAAAUUCUCAAGCUUUACACAGAAUGCUACAAGGAAAAUUAAAGAUGCUUACAUGAAAUUAUCUAGGUAUUGUGAGGAAUGUAUAGAAAUCUUUAAGGAUAAAAUGGAUGUUUCAAAGUAUUCAAGACAUUUGAUAAUUGCUGUGUUGAAAGGUAUGAAAUUAGGAGACCAGGAAGCUCAUUACCAAUUUCCACGUCUUAUUAGUAUCUUGGAAGAAAACUCAUCUCUUAUAGAAACUUUCAAGUUACACUCAGGGGAGGUACCUGAAUGGAUGUUUUUAUUGUGGCUAAGUCAUAUUCUUAUUUAUCUAGAUAAAACUCCUGGGCCAGCAUUACAACCAAUUGUAGAAAAAUUAGCUGCUGAAUAUCCACAGUCACUAGUUUAUGCAUUUAGAAUUAGUAAGCAGCAGUAUAAUUAUACCACAGCUGUAGGAAAAACAGCAGAAGUGAUGUCCCAGAAAGUAGAAUGUAUAUUAACAAGAAACUCACUAUUCCAACAAAUUCCUGAUGCCCUAUCAUUAGUUAUUGCUCCAUACAUUGUUUGCAUGGAUGCACUAUCUAAGCUUCGGUCAGAGAAGAACAAGAGUAAGAUUGAAGAACGGUUAAAGGACAUAGAGGAAAGUCUUCUUAAAGUAAGUGUUCGAUCAACUAAAGGACUCCCCAUUGAGAAAGGAGAGGCAUAUAUAAAGUUAGAUAGACUGCGAAAAGCUUUAGCAGAUAGCUUUGGAAACAGUUUUGGUCAUAAUUUCAAAAAAAUCCAAGCAAUGUCUCUCAAGCAGGUCCAUGAUCAUCUUAAUGCUAUGUAUAAGAUAUUCUUAGAACGAGGUAAUAAAGACAUACAAGCUUUACCAAGGCAGCUGAAAUCUUAUUCUCCAUGGUUAGCAAGCUUUCAGUCCUCAAGGUACUCACAUGUCAUAGAAAUACCUGGUCAAUACUCAGGUCUUUCAAAACCUCUGCCUGAGUAUCAUGUAAAGAUAUCCAACUUUGAUGAAAAUAUUUUGGUAAUGCCAUCUUUACGUGUACCCAUGAGAAUUGUGAUCAGAGGAGAUGAUGAAAAAGACUAUAAAUUUCUAGUAAAAUGGGGUGAAGAUCUUCGCACUGAUCAAAGGAUGCAACAGGUAUUUGGGCUUAUGAAUAAGAUUUAUGCAUCAUCAUCACUUUGUGCAAACUUAACUUCAAGGCCUAGCCUAGAUACAUUCCAGGUAAUACCUUUGUUGCUAAAUACUGGACUCCUUCAGUGGGUGGAAUCAACAAGACCAAUGCAGGCAUUCCUUGAGGAUUCAGCCAUAAAAAGUGAAAGGGAUAAUCUUGUUUUGGCUGAACGCAAGUUUAGAGUUGAGGAAAAUUAUAAUCCUAACAAUAAAUCAAAAAUGCAGAAUGUGCUGAAAGUUUAUGAAGAGGUUGUCAACUUGAUACCUUGGGACCUCCUUCGUCGUGGCAUUGUGGAACUUGCUUGUAACAGUGAGAGCUUCUUUUAUCUGCGAAGUUCAUUUGCAGUGAGUUAUGCUACCCUGUGCAUUUCGCAUUGGAUGGUAGGGAUUGGUGAUCGUCACUGUGGCAACUUUUUGAUAAGUGUAAAAACUGGUAGAGUUGUAGGUAUUGAUUUUGGUCAUCAUUUUGAAACGUCUGCCCAAGUCAUAGGGGUCCCAGAGUUAAUGCCUUUCCGUUUGACACCUCAAAUAUGUAAUGUUUUCCAACCAAUGAGUGCAUCAGGAACUUUGAGAGAAAUUAUGGUAGCAGCUUUGGGAGCUCUUCGUAACUCUCAUCAUUUGUUGAUGGCUGUUUUAGAAGCAUUUGUAAAAGAACCAACUGAAGACUGGAAGUACUUUGUAAAAAUCCUAGAGGGAAGCACUGAGGAUGAUAAGAUUGAAUUAUAUUCACAUGAACGAAUUAGUAUCCUUAAGGCGAAACUCAGUGGAGUUAAUCCUUCAUAUGUUACUAAGUGGGCAAUAUAUAAAAAUAAAAACUUAAAAAGAGAUCCUUCCAUUCUGCCAAUUUUGACCAACGUAAUUCUUGGUGAUAAGAGAGAUUCUCUUCGAUCUGAUGUUGAUAGAAAUGACCUAAACCCACAUGAACAAGUAGAUAUACUUUUAGAUUUGGCUUGUGAUCCCAAUAUAUUAGGUCGUACAUAUUGUGGUUGGAGACCAUAUUAUUAAUUUGUCAAUCAUAUAAUGUUUAUUACUGUAUUAAUGAAAGAGAUUUCUUUUGUUUUUUUUCAAGUCCUGAACUGUAGGGAGAAUUUUGUUGAAUAAAUACUAAAUCUUC